GUCAUUUAGUACUAUGCAAUCAACAUCGUAGUAAACAUAAUGUGUACAUUUAACUGAAAUAAUUGUAAUUUAACUAAUUCUAGUGGCUUUUACGAAAUUCAAUAAAAUUAAAAUUUUUUUUAAUAAGUGAUGUUUAAUGUUUAUAAAUAGUGCCACACGUGAUAAUUACAAGAAAAAAAUAUACAAACUGUGCAGUAAAUUCAAACCACUACGAUGGUGCCAUAUCGUUGCUGUUGCGGCGGUGGGUUGAUUUCGACAUUGAUGGCGGCGGUGCUCGUGAGCGCGGCUGCAGGGACGAUGAACGUCGAAUACAGCUGGGUGUACGUGGACUACACAUUCGCCAGCCCCAAUCACCGGGAACUAGCCAUAAAUUCCAGGAAGUUCAUUCCGGAAAACUGUGUCAUACUGGACGUCGACAAAUUUCAUGGUGCAUCUGAAGGAAAAUUAUACUUUAAUUAUAUGGGUUCGAAUUCAAAUUCUGCUUCCAAACAACGAGUGUUCGUAACUAUUCCUCGUAUCAAACCGGGAAAUCCUGCAUCGAUCGCAGAAAUAGUUCCAGGGGAUCGCCCUGACUCAGUACUAUUAGCCCCCUACCCAAAUUGGAAGGCUAAUACUAUUUCGGAAGACACGGUCAAUUGCGACGAUACGAUUAUUUCCGUAUUUAGAAUGAAAAUUGACCAUCUCGGUCGAUUUUGGAUUGUUGAUGUCGGCACAUUGGACCAAUUUGAGAUGACAGCUCGCUCCAUUUGCCCCCCAAAACUUUUAAUAUUUGACUUGAAAAAUGACGAUAGGGUUAUAAGAACAUAUAAAUUUCCAUCAUCACAGGUUAAAGACGUUUCGUUGUUUACUAACAUCGAAGUCGAUGUCAGAGAUUCAAAAGGCCGUAAUACAUUUGCUUAUAUAGCUGAUACUACUGCGUAUAAACUUGUCGUGUACGAUUUUAAAAAUGACGAAAGCUGGGUGGUAGAUCAAGCAUAUUUCUAUCCGUAUCCAAAUAAAGCUCAUUUUAAAAUCAAAGGAGUUAACUUUGACUUAAUGGAUGGAGUAUUAGGGUUAGCCUUAGGUCCUAUAACAAAAAACGAUCGAAAAUUAUAUUUCCAUGCAUUCGCUAGCAUUAGAGAAUCGUGGGUGUAUACCAAUACAUUACAAAAUAAAUCGCUAUUUCAAAAUGGCUUAAUCGACGGUUCGGGUACAUUUUUUUUAUCCUCGGAAGUCAGAGACACCCAAUCUAGUGUUGAAGUUAUGACAGACAGUGGAGUACUUAUAUACGCAUCAAUGGAUAACAGUUUAGGUUGCUGGAACAGCCAGGACCCAUUUACAACAAAACACACCCACACGAUAUAUAAGAGUGACGAAGAUUUUCAAUUUCCCAGUGGUAUGAAAAUUGUGGGUGACAAAGUGUGGGCAGUGUCAUGUCAACUUCAAAAUCAUUUCACAACUAUGGUCACAAAUCGUAAAUCGGUCAAGUACAGGGUGCUGGUUGGUCGAGUUGACGAUUUGAUAAAACGCACGGGAUGCGAUAAGAGCGCAAUUUUCAACGAUGAUAAUGAGGAUGAGUUCUUAGUCGAAACGCUUGAUGAUAACAUACUGCACGAAUGGCGUGUGUUACCUGCGAACACGGAACCGUGGAGCUACUCUAGAAUUUCCAGGGUGUUUGAAAACAAAAAUGGCGUACAGCGGACACCCGUCAAGUCGUUGGUGUUGACCGGAAACGUAAACGUACACAGUCACGGUAAACCGACGUCGUUGUCUUACGACUGCCGUAUGAACAUGGUCAACGGUCAACUGAAAAACAACGACUGUUUGGGCAAGUCUCGUCGAAGGAACCGAGUGAAACGCGGAUCCGGUCCUCUUAGGUGACACCGAUUAGGUUAAUAUUGUAAUAUGAUUGUCGCUUGUGCGGACCAUUGUGAUCAUUGUGUGUGACUGUAUACGUACAAGACGUACGACUUCCAACGAUCCAUUAUUAUCAUUUUCAGAAGUAAUUUAAAAUCGACUUCUGCAGCGUUAUAGUUAAUUUUUUUUUAAAUAUAUAUAUGUAUAAACCGUACAUAACCUCAUAAGACAUACAAUACGUCAGUAGCGUUAUUAUCUAUAGUUUGUACUCAUAUUAUGUUUAGAGAUCGCGGUUGCGUAAUGCGCAUAUUAUAUAGCGGAAGUAGUCUCACGCGUUGUUUCCAGAAGCUCAUUAGUUUAUAAUUAUAUACGUUAGCGGUGUGUGUAUGCGUUAAGUGAAAGACAUAAGUAAGUGUGUACUGAAUAAUAAAAUAAUACAUUGUACGUUCUAAAUGUGAUUAGUGCAUGUGCAUAAACCAUUGUAAGAAAAUUAGGUGAUGUGUUUAGACGACGAGAAAUAAUUAUACAAUUUAAUUUAAAUUAAAUUUAGAUAUACCUAUAUAGUCUACAUAAUACAUUUAAUACGCGUACAUAACUGAGACUAAUUUCAAUAGUUUAAUUUUUUAAUUUUAAAGAUAGCUUACGAUGUCUUCUGCGUGAUUCUACGAACGUUUUCAUAAAACAGACGUAUUUACAUUACUGUAUGACGUUUGUCUAUACCUAAUCCCUUAAAUUUUUUUUAUUAUUAUUACAGUGAUUAUAAUAAUGAUUGUGAUUUGUGAAUACCUAUACAUUUAAAACGAAUAAUAAUCAUAACUCGUAAGGCUAGAUUGAAUAAUAUUUAUCGUUAUUAGUUAUGACUUAUUACUAUAUAAUUAUUAAAUGGUUACCCAUAAUCAAUAUUAUAAGUUUAUAAAUGUAAAUUGUGAAUUAGUAUAUAAGUAACAAAUAAUAUGUUAUAAUCGUGCAACUACAACAUAAUGCUCAUAAAACAGUACAAACAAGUAUUAUUUAUUAGUUAUUAUUGUAAUCAAUUAUUGAAAAUAUUAUUAAUUUAAGCUUAACGCUCGACUAGGUACAACAGAAAAUCUAACUAAAUAUUUUACUAACAACCUGUAUAUAAUUUUAAGUAUAGUGUUUACCAUGUUUUCAUAUACUUACUCGAAUAGAUAAUUUAAAAUAUAAGAAUAUGUGUCAUAUAUUAUUUAAACGUUUUGCUUAUGUUUACAUUUUAUAACAGAUUAAUUAUUAUAUUAGUUUAUUAUCCAACUGUUGUUAUAUGAUGACAAUUUAUGACCAGAAAAACUCUUGAUUUGAUUUCUCGUAUGCAACCCAUAUGACCUCACUUAAUAUUAUAUAAUAUAAAAUUUAAUAAAUACU